GCCAUCAAGAUCUAUUGCUAUAUGAAUGCUUGUGGCAGCUUGCUGCACUAUCUCUAUCAAUGGAGCAUUUGUGUGCGAGUGCGUGAAUUGUUAAACCAGACGGCAAUCUUUGCAGUCAUCAACUACUUUGAUGUUACUGUGUUGUCCAUGGCUCGCCACAUGGCGCCGGUCUUCGUAAAGAUCUUUAUUUUUCCACUGGCGAUGCAUGUCACUUUGUUGCUUUACCAUCAGCAUCUGCAACAGCAACAUUCCCAACUCAGUUGGCUAACCACGAGCACCACAAUGUUGCCCAUCAUUGCGGGGAGUCAGUUGAACAAUUGUUACUUUUGCAGCAUUGUCAUAAGCAAGGCAAUCUUCAAGCAGAUAAAUGUGUUGCUUGCCGAGAUGCUAACCGAAGUCAACAGAUUGCAAACUCCGGCAGAGAUGUCACUUCAUAAGCCCUUCUAUCGCAUGCAACGCUUCUGUGAUUUAGCGGAUCGUUUGGAUGAGUUAGCUGGCAAAUAUGCUCUAGUUAACGAUUAUUGCCAGGGACUCUUGCAAUUUGGCUGCUUCUCGGUUGUCACCACCAUGUCCAUUAAUUUGUGCAACACAACUCUGGGCUGUUAUGUGCAGUAUCAGGCUUUUGUGGACACCAUAAUGUUGGAGAAACCUUAUGACAUCGCCCAGGCGGUGGCUCAUUUUGUGUUUCUGGUUCUGCCCUUUUUGGAAAUCCUUCUCGUAGCCAACGAAACGCAGCUGCUAAUCGAUGAAGCUAGGAAAGCGGGCUAUUUGUUACAGCGCAUGAAUUUGGAGCACGCGGAUGUGCGAUUCAAGCAAGAAGUGGAUUUGUUUUGGCUUGAAGUGCGCACAGUUGAGUUUAAGCUGAUGCCCAUGGGUUUCCUGGAGCUGGAUGGAUCGAUUGUCAAUAAGAUGUACUCGACAGUUGCCGGAUUCUUAUUGUUUCUUAUACAAAAUGACCUCACAGUGAGAUUUUCAUUAAAAUAAUUUGCUACUAGAGUACAAAACAAGUAAGAAAGCUACAGUCAAGUGUGGGAUAUCAGUAACCCAUUAUAUUCUAAUUCUAAAAUAUACC